CGUACUUUUCAAACUUGAGAAAAAAAAAGAAUAUUAUCUCCUUUCUAAAUAAGACACUUGUAGGUCAUCGUGAGCAGCUGUUUCCCUCGAAAAUGUGUAAAAGUAACUAGAAUCGACGGAAAAAUAAUUUCCCCAAGGGUAUCAACCUAUCGACCUCGCUAAAUACCAUUUUCUCUUGAAAUUAAACACAAUGAACGUGAUACUGAAUAUGACCUCUGGUCUCUCGAUACUGAAUAUCAUUGCACAUUGUUACUGAUAGUAUGAGUUUUCUGAGUGGAGAACCUCUGAUUGAUAAUACCACCGAGUUGACAGGGGAAAAUCCACCUCAGAGGGCUUCCAACAAUGGAGGAACCGGAAUCAUGGGAACAAUUUUUCUGAUUGUAAACGCGACCCUCGGUGCAGGUUUACUAAAUUUCCCCCUGGCAUUUGACAAAUCCGGGGGGAUAGUAUCAGCUGUCAUCAUCCAAGCAAUCCUCCUGAUCUUCAUAACAGCAGCUUUGAUAAUCCUGGCAGAAUGCAGCGACAUGACCAAAACAUCUUCAAUGCAGGACACCUUGGCUGGACUGUGUGGACCGAAGGCUCUCGUCAUCUGUGGCGUAUGUGUCACGAUCUACGCGUUCGGAUGUUGCUUGACAUUCGUCAUCAUCAUUGGAGAUCAGUUCGACCGAGUUCUAGCUACUUUUUAUGGAAUGGACUACUGCCAUCACUGGUUUUUAUCGAGGAACUUCGUCACAACAAUCAGCUGCAUAAUUUUCAUUCUCCCUUUGAGUUUCUUCAAACGUCUGGACGUCCUCAGCUACGCAAGCACUUUGGGAUGUCUCACGAUUAUUUAUGUAGCCUGGGUAGUGAUUUACGAGAGCAUGAGGACUGAGGACUACCCGAAACCCACUCAAGUCUGGCCGAAAAAUGCAACCCAAGCACUUCAGAUCAUCCCCAUCAUCUGUUUUGCUUAUCAGAGUCACAUGACCGCCAUUCCAACAUACGCCUGCAUGAAGGACAGAAACCUCAGCAAGUUCACAAUAAGUUCGAUCAUAAGUAUGUGCAUCUGCUUCGUGGCUUACACAGUAGUCGGCAUCUUCGGAUACCAGACAUUUGGAUCAGGGAAAGUACCCAGUGACAUUCUCCAAGGGUACACAGACAAGAGCCCGACCCUGGCAGUGGCGAUAGUCGCCCUGGCAGUCAAGAACUUCACGACGUACCCAAUAGUCCUCUUCUGCGGGAGGAACUCCCUCCUGGGGCUGUGCCCCACCGAGAUCGAGACAAAUCCCACAGUUCGAGUGGUCGUGACCCUCUUGUGGUUCGUCGCAUCACUGGUGAUAGCCAUUUUCAUCCCAGACAUAUCUCCAGUGAUCAAUUUCCUGGGGACCCUCUCAGCGGCGUUCAUCUUCAUCUGCCCUGGCAUCUGCCUCAUGCAGAGUGUCUUGAGGAGAGACCCCUCGUUGUACCUGAAUAAAAAUCGUUUCUCCAUGCUCAUGGCUAUCGUAACGACAGCCCUAGGAGGCUUCGUAGCAGGAUUUGUAUUCGUUCAAGCUCUAGACGACUUCAAUAAACCUGAGAAGACACUCAUCACUGGGUUGAGCAGGAACCUGGGGGCUAGUCUCUGUGUCUAGGUGCACCCAUUUUUAUUAAUAAAUAAUGAUGACGCCAUUCAAAUACUCAAAAACAAUUUUAUUCAUCACAAAUUUUGCUCAAUAUCCAUAACAUCAACAAUAAAUUUAAACCUUUUACAUUUUAAUAAUCCAUAA